CUGUUUAUUCCUCUCUUUUUUUCUCUCUCUCUCUCUUUUCUCUUCUCUUGUUUCAAUGUCGACUCAUUCCUUUAAAGAAACUACAUUUUCUAAACCAACUUACUGUGACCAAUGUCAUGGAUUACUAUGGGGACUUAUUAAACAGGGUUCUCAAUGUAUAGACUGUGGUACUAUCUGCCAUUUUCAAUGCCAAAAUAAAGUGAUACCUUGUCAUAAAGCACCCAACAAGAUAGAAUCACCAGCUACAAAAUCACUUAAAUCGCUACAAGAGAAGGAUUCACUUUUAAAAACAAAAAAUAUCGAAAAUAUCAUUGUAUCUGCUGCCAUUAAUGCAUCAGAUACAACUCAACCUACAAAUGAAUACUUGGCCAAUUUACCUCCAUUGAAUCCACAGAAUACAGCAAAGAACUUUUCUCGAUUCGUAUCAAGAUGUGGACCCAUGUUCACUUUUAGAGAUAAUGUUAUAUUAUUGCUAAGCUGGGAUAAACCAAUGGAUACUUUGGCUGCAUUAUUUAUCUAUUGUUUAUUAUGUCUUUAUCCAAAAUUGCUAUUACUCAUACCACAUGUCAUCUUUUUAAAUAUACUCGUCACUGGUUAUAACAAACGAUAUCAACAACAACAACAACAACAACAGAAUGCAAAACGAUUUGGACACUUCUUUCCAGCAUUUGAUGAGUCUUCUCCUGAGUACUUGCGCAAUAUGCAAAAUUUACAAAACAUGAUGGGAGAGAUGAGCGAUAUCUAUGAUCUGAUUGCCUCUAAUGCGCAUCAUGUCGAUUGGUCUUCAGAAGGAAAAACGAUGCGUAUCUUUCAAGCCACCUUGGUUUCAUUCACUAUCCUCAUCUUUACUAUCUGGCUUGUUCCCUUAAACAUACUCUGUUUAAUUGCUGGUGUCUCUGUUUUUACCUUGAACACUCGGUUUGCGAAAUAUCUCAUAAAGGAACUCAUGCCCCAGUUGGUCGAAUUGAGCCAAUCACGUCUUAAUCAUGCACUUGAAUGGUAUCUACAGCUGGAGAAACGGUUGGAUGAUCAGACCAAUGUACAAGAAAUGUCACUUUAUGAAAAUCAGCGCUGGUGGCCUGAUAGUGGUUUUAUCCCUCAUACAUUGCCAGAUGAACGUGGUUUAUGGUCGGAUUAUUCAGGCACCAUUGAAUACGGUCCAAAAGAAGAAUUACCUGCUCCUAAAGGAUAUCAUUGGAUAGAAGAUAAUUGGAAACUAGAUGAAACAGGACCUUGGAUAGAUGAACAACUCGGCCUUGAAGUUCUCGUUACACCUGAUAAUGGAGGAUGGGUUUAUACAGACAAUAACUGGAAGAAUCCAAGAACCCCCAACAGCAAUAAUAAUAAACAGUCAGAACAAGGCGUAACAAGACGACGACGAUGGGUACGAAAGUGUGAAUGCAAUUUGAAAAAGGAACAAUAAAGAAAAAAGUGUUUAAUCUUGCAUAUCAGGUGAUUCACCAAAAUACUGAUCAACGAGUCUAUUUGCAAA